AUGAUUGAGGGAAUGGUGAAGGAUGGUGUUAUUGAACCUUCAUCUAGUCCAUGGUGUUCACCUGUGGUGCUGGUAAAGAAGAAGGACGGCAGCAUGCGGUUUUGUGUUGACUACCGCCGCCUGAACGACGUUACGAAGAAGGACAGCUAUCCCUUGCCUAGAAUUGAUGACACGCUGGAUAUGCUCACAGGCGUAAAGUGGUUUAGUACGCUGGACCUGAAAAGUGGCUACUGGCAGGUUGAAAUUGACCCUAAGGACAAGGAGAAAACUGCAUUUUCCACAGGAAAGGGUCUGUGGCAAUUUAAAGUCAUGCCGUUUGGAUUGUGCAAUGCUCCAGCAACGUUUGAAAGGUUGAUGGAGCUUGUACUUACCGGGCUAAUUGGAGAUGCCUGUCUCGUCUAUUUGGAUGACAUCAUCAUCGUAGGCCGUACGUUUGAGGAGCACCUUCAAAACCUGGAACGCGUGCUCAUGAAGAUCCAGAGUGCCAACCUCAAGUUGAGUCCAAAGAAGUGCUCACUAUUCAAACGGCAAGUUAGUUUUUUGGGGUAUGUAGUGUCGGAAGAAGGUAUCCGCACGGAUCCAGAGAAAAUUGCUGCUGUCAAGGAGUGGCCGGUCCCAAAAGACAAGACACAGGUUAGAGCAUUUUUGGGUUUGUGCUCUUAUUAUCGGCGAUUUGUGAAGAACUUUGCAGAUAUAGCCAAACCUCUGCACAAGCUAACCGAGGAGAAGCGACAAUUCUGCUGGGAUGAAAGUUGCGAUAUUGCAUUCCAGGAGCUCAAGAACCGCCUGUGCAAAACACCUAUUUUGGGGUACCCUGAUGCGGGCAAGGAAUUCAUAGUUGACACAGACGCAAGUGAUAUAGGACUUGGCGGUGUGUUGUCUCAACGGAAUGGUGAUCAAGAGAUUGUGAUAGCGUACUUCAGCAAGUCGUUGUCAAAGCCGGAAAGGAACUAUUGUGUCACAAGACGGGAAUUGCUUGCUGUGGUAAAGUCCUUGCAGCAUUUUAGCAAAUAUCUUCUAGGGCGGAAAUUCCACUUACGAACUGACCAUGCUGCACUGAAAUGGCUAUUGCAGUUCAAAAAUCCGGAAGGACAAGUUGCGAGAUGGAUAGAACUACUGCAGGAAUACGACUUUGUGAUCGAACAUCGCAGCGGGAAAUCUCAUGGCAAUGCAGAUGCAUUGUCAAGAAGACCUUGCCCUGAAGAUUGCAAGCAUUGUACUAGGCAAGAGGGUAAGGAAGUGGUAUCUGUGAGAAUGCUCAGGACAGACCAGCUCAGCAAUGAGUGGAAGGUCAGCCUACAACAUGCACAGCAGGGAGAUUCGGACAUUAAGCCGAUUCUGGAAUGGAUGAAGGCCAGUGCUCCUAAGCCCAAGUGGAGCGACGUCUCAGCAAUGAGUUCGACCACGAAAAGCUAUUGGGCCCAAUGGGACAGCUUGCUGAUUCAAGAUGGAGUCCUGUGCCGUAAAUGGGAAAAUGGUCGGGGAGACAGGUGUCAUUUGCAAAUGGUUGUCCCUAAGGCUAAAGUGCCGGAUGUUCUACAGCUGUACCAUAGUGGUUGUUCAGGAGGCCACCUGGGAGUUAAACGAACUCUCCUGAAGAUCCGAGAACGGUUUUACUGGGUCCACUGUCGUAACGAUGUCGAGGACUGGUGCCGCAAAUGUACAAGUUGUGCGGCUGUAAAGGGACCUCAAAUUCGUAGUAGAGGCGCAUUGAAAUUGUACAAUGUAGGUGCACCAUGGGAGAGGAUAGCCAUUGACGUUGCGGGGCCGUUUCCGGAAAGUGAAAGUGGUAACAAGUAUUUCAUGGUUGUGAUGGAUUACUUCACUAAGUGGCCAUAA